AUGCCUUCCCUAGCUUCGCAACAUCUUCUUCCUCAAGAUAUUCAUGCCAGAGUCGAAGACUGGAUCUUGAGAGAUGACGAAGAUCCGCCGAGAUUCUACAAGAAACUUCUUGCAGACCAGAAUUCAUUUCCCCAAACAGCACAGCCCAAGGCUUUCGCCCAGAGCAAUGCUGACGCUACCUUGCCAACGGUCGGAGGAUGCUCACUCUCACAUCUCGCCGGUACAAAGCCUACUGCACCGGGAGAUGAGAAGCUUGAUAGAUACAAGCGCCGUAUGAGGUACAAAACCAAGGACGAUCGAUUUGACUAUAAAGAGACCAAGGUCCAGAAGAAGCUCGAACGUCUUUCAAAGCAUCUCAGGCGAGCAAUCGCCCACAAGUUCCAUGCGCCCAACGUGGCCCAAGAUCGGUUGACGUCCCCUUACUUGGCUUCUCAGAGGAAGACUUCCUGGCAGGAGCGCCUCAACGCCUAA